UCCGAAUUGUCUUGUUUUAUUGGAAUUUUGUGCAUUUUAUUUUAAUUAAUUCUAUAUAUUCUUAGCCUUGUGUGAAUAUAAACGUGUAGUGCCUUAUUGAACAGCGUUUGUAUGAAGAAAAUUUUAUGAAAAUAAACAUUGAUGGACGUGAAGAUGAUCUCAUUGAUGUGCUGACUUACCUUCGUUUCGGCUACAUCGUAAUUGUUUUGAAAUACUAUUCGGGACCGAUGACCCUAUAACACGACCCCUUGCUUAUAAAUAUAUCACAAUGAAAAAACAGUUCUACCGAGUGAAACAGUUGGCCGACCAAACCUUCUCAAGGUCUGGUAAAGGCGAAGCGUUGACUGAUGAGCUAUUAACCGCCGAUAGGAAAGUAGAACAUUUAAGAAAUGCCCUGCAACUGGUCAGCAAAAGGCUAUCGACGGGCGCUGGGAACACGCAGGGUCAGGAUCCCGCGGCCAGAGAGAAGAGGCUCAAGAAACUUCCAGAAUAUAUCCUAGGGCUUGCGAUGUUAGAUGCUAGUAAUUAUGAUGAUGAUGAUAGCAUUUUAAAAUACAUUCUGCAUGAAUGUGGUAAAACUGAAAAGUUUUUAGCAAAUGAAAUAGCAGAACAUGAACUAAAGGUGGAACAACUAGUCUGUGCACCUCUCACUGCUAUUGGAGAUCAAGACCUACCAGCCAUAAUGAAAGCUAAAAAACAUUUAAGCAGACUCAUAAGUGAAAAGGAAAGUGCUCUUAGUCGAUAUAAUCACUUAGAGCGGCAGAAAGAAGAGAACCCAGCGAAGUUUAUCGCUGCUCGAGAGGAGUUAGAAGAAGCUGGUAACAAAGUAGAAGCGGCUAGGGACGCGCUCGCGGCAGACAUGUUUGCGCUCGUGGCGAAAGAGGCACAGCUCGCGCAUACGUUGCUACAGUAUGUCAAGCUGCAGAGAGCGUACCACGAGUCAGCCCUACACAGUCUACAGGACACUGUGCCGGAGUUGGAGAAGUUUAUCAACGACAGUUCCACUAAGCCGGUGUUCGGCUACCCGCUGGAGGAGCACCUGCGAGUGACGGGGCGCACCAUCGCGUUCCCGCUCGAGCUGUGUGUGUGCACGCUGCACGAGCUGGCCUUGAACGAGGAGGGGCUGUUCAGGAUCGCCGGUGGCACUUCCAAAGUGAGAAGAAUGAAGUUAUCCCUCGACGCGGGAUUGUUCAACGUGCCUUUACCGCCGGACUAUCGGGACAUGCACGUCGUCGCCUCCGUCCUCAAGUCAUAUCUAAGGGAGCUGCCUGAGCCCCUGCUUACUUACCGCCUGUAUGAACACUUCAUCCUCGCCUCCCGACAGCCCACAGAACAGGCCCGACUUAACUCCAUAUGGGAGGGUAUCCACCUUCUCCCCGAUGCUAACUACCAGAACUUAAGGUACCUAAUCAAAUUCCUAUCCGCGCUGACCAAAAAUCAGAGCACGAACAAGAUGACCCCAUCCAAUUUGGCCAUUGUUAUAGCGCCGAAUCUGCUGUGGGCCGUCGAUGAGAGUACUUUCGAUAUGAAUAUAACCACGGCCGUCAACUGCGUCGUGGAAUUACUCAUAAAGCACGCCGAUUGGUUCUUCAGCGAUGAAGUCAGCUUCUUCAUCUCCUUCACCAAGGAGGAUCUGCUGCCGGACGUGUCGGACUACGGCUUCACCCCCAACUUCGUCCACGGCUACCACCAGACCGCCGUGCUCAGCCAGGACCACCCGAACGGAGAUUACCACAGCAUGAGCAAGUCCAUGCUGGACUACAACCAUCAAGGUCACAAGAUGGUCGAGCCCCCGGGCAGACACUCCCGCAGCAACAGCCACGACACCAGCCUCAUCUUACUCGACAAUAAUAUUAAGAAAGCCCAAUCCAACAGCUCCUUAUCCGACCAAUCUAGUCCUCCUCACGGUAGUCCCAAGCCGAUCAUGCGGCGAAAGAAUAAACCCCUGGCGCCAGUCCCGCCGAAUUUCACACCGGACAAAAACAAGAAAGUCGAGCCGCAAGCCGUGCCGGAAGCGGCAAAGGAACCGCCCGCAACCAAAGAAGUCGAGAAACCGGCCAAGCCGCCUCGGCCCGUCAUAUCAGAUACGGGUAAAGUCAUAACUGGAGUUCAGACCAUUAACCGAUCGACGUACAGACAGAGCAAAGCGCUGAAGGACGAGGCGGGCCGCAGCGGCAGCCGGGAGAAUUUGAUCGAGAACCGACGACAGAGCUUGGAACUCGACAAAGAGAAGUUCGACGGCCUAAAGUCACUGGAGAACAAGGACAAGGAAUCCACGCUAGUCGUGAAGAGCGUAACUGCCCAGACUGGCGUCGUGUCGCGGAUGAAAGUGGUCGGAGAACCGGCGAGCGGACCGGCAUCGUUAGGAGCGGAAAAACCCAUCAAAGUCCAAGUCCCGAAGCCCACGGGCCAGCCCCCGCCCCGCCCCGUCGCGGCGCCUCGGACCCUAGUCCCCGCCCCCGAGGCCGACUCCAACGAGGUGUUUCUACGCCAAAAGCCCGCGAUUCCCGAAAGACCGGCAACACUAAGACCGCAGAGCUUCCGCGGUCAGCGCGCUUCUCUGACCGAUAAUCCGGAUAUUACUCCGACGGUGUUAGAGCGCACGCACAUAUACACAGUAGACAAACACCAGCCGACAGUCAUACAAGUUGGGGCGGCGGAGGAGGACGGCCAUAGAAACACAGUCCAGCGCACUCACAGCUCGGGCGGGAAGGACGCGGAGUUAGACGAGCCCAAGUGCUUAACCAGUGCCAGCAGACAGCUCUCGCAGUCCGAAGGCAGCAUCACGGAGGGACCCCGCUCGCCCCCGCCACAGCCGGCGAGGCCCCCGCGGCCGCUCGUGCCGGCGCCCCCACCGCCGGGGCCCCCGCAGCCGACGCCCCCGCUCGCCCAACACGAGAGCACCGACCUCUAGUCUGAACCGUUUAGUAUUAUGUAGAUUCGCUUGCAUUAUAAUAUUCUUUAGUGUAACAUGUCGUUUACACGCUGCGACUCUUUGCGUUGCGACUGCGCUGCAAAAAGUCGUAACGUUUAAAGCGGAAAAUAUUUUGGCCUAUUGUCCCCAGUCAAUACCGACUCGCCGAGGUCGUCGAUAUCAAAUCGAUACAAACGUUGACUGACCAUCGCAAUAAUGGUAAUGUGCCUCUUUCUUAUGUAAUAGUAACUUCGAUUUGACAUCGAUUUUAUUAUACUAGUGUAACUUCUCUCGAUAUGAUCGCCUUGUGCUAAUUUUAUCGUUGGACUGUUUUAUCGGUCGGUAAAAAGCGCCAUCUGUUGUUGAUUUUUCAUAACUUGUAAAUUCGCACAAGGCGUCCAGUAAUUUUAGUGUAAACGUCGAAAGUGGCGCAAGACUGAUGCCCUCUAUGUAAUCUAUGUUACUUAUACUUACUAAAGAUGACCGCUUAAAAGGUUCUAACAUAAGUACAUCGUAGUGUAUACUUUUGCAAACAAGUUAUUUAUUUUUGUAACGCUGUAACAUAAGGUUAAAUCAUAAAAGCACGAAAACUUGUAAUAUCAUACUUUCCGGGCCAUUUUAUCGUGUGGACAUAUCGACGCGUCAAUUCAGCUUGCAACAGAUGUUUGGCUUUAAAUUUUGUGCAAUAGAAGUACGAGGGCAGCGUUUUAUGUGAUAUUAGGGAGUUGCCUUGAUUCUUUAUAAGUUUAUACGAACGUUUUGAAACACUUAAUGAAAUGGUAUAGCCUAGGACCUCGUAAGUUAUAUCAAACAUGACAAUAUUUGUUCAUAGACUUUGAGUUAUUAUAGUUGUCAUACCUAUGCGGGAUGAAUAUGCCGCUAAAGGGAAUUUUAGUCUAUUUCCACCAAGCGACUUUAGUCAUUAUAAAUCCUGUAUCAAGCAUAAUUGAAAUGAAUAAAGUAGACAUCACCUAUUGUUGGUAUCGCUUUAAAGUCUAAAGUCUACAGCAUUACCGUUGUACAUGUAACAGUAACAUAAUGGUGACAAAAAAGUAGCAUAAAGGCGCAAAGGCCUAAAAAAAAUGGUGUUAAAAAGCGUUCGUGUAAAUUCAAAGGCGGGGCUGGUGCACAAAAGUACUGUUUUAACUUGUAGCCAUACGAACUGACAGUACGUACAGUAAAUAAUGUUGCGUAGUGUUUACGAUGUUUAUGUGAUAUGCAUUUUAUUAUAUACUGCAAGUAUACAAGCUUCUAAUGUAAGGAAUAAUUAUAAAACUGAUACAUUUU